CUCCGUUUUAUGUCAAAAUAACUAUACUUGGAGCGUUUCUAUCUGUAUUUUGAAACCGAAACGAUGAUUUGCAUCCUUCUGGUUGCGGGGCAUGGCACCGUUUUAGAGACGCAGAUUAAGAAUGACGGGACAGGUUUGUAUGCUCACCUGACUGGCGUGCCCAAAGCUUUACUGCCUGGUGUUGGAGGAAAGAAAAUUCUAGACUUUUGGUGGGAAACUGUCAACACGCGACAGCUUUUUAGUGAAGUUUACUUGGUGACUAAUGCAGAUAAGUACAAACAUUACGAGCGAUGGGCGACAGCAAAUGACUUUCCAGUGGAGAACGUAGUGAACGACGGAAGCACCACACUCGAGGGUCGUCUCGGGGCCGUUGCUGAUGUGGAGCUUGCCAUUCGAAGCCGCAAGCUAGAGGACGAUGUGAUGGUGAUUGCCGGAGACAUGCUUUGUGCAGAUCAGAACUUUGAUAUUGCUCAAGUUCUUCGCUUUUUCAGAUCUAAGUCUGGAGAGCUUGCCAUAUACUACGAGCUGGAGGAGGGUGAGAAAAUAAGUUCUAGGGGCAUUGUUGAGGUCUGUCCAGAUACUCAUAGGAUUACACGUUUCCUCGAGAAGCCACAGGAAGGUGAAACAACAUCUCGUCUGGCCAGUGUGGUGUUCUACUGUUUGCGUAAAAGUACGCUCCCUUACCUCUCGAGCUUCAUGUCUCUGCAGCCAGAUGUCAAAGACAGGACACUUGGCAAAUUUUGGGAAUGGUUAAUUAAUGAGGAGAAAUUGCCCGUGUUUGGAAUGAAGCUACCAACGGGUUUUCAACUAAUUGGACAAGUGGGCUUGUCAGACUACACAAAGUGGCUUGCUCUCUAUUCAGCCAAACAACAAGAGACUCCUGCCAAACCCAUUACGUGCCGCUCAUACGCCAGGGUUGGGCUAAUGGGCAACCCCUCCGACGGCUUUAAUGGGAAAACCAUUGCGAUGAGCAUCUCCAAUUUCUGGGCUGAAGUUACUCUAGUUGAAAGCCAAACACUGUGUUUGCUACCACAUCCUCUGAAUGACCCUACUGAAUUUGGAAGUUUGCAGGAUCUCUACCGCAUCAGCCGGAAAGAAGGGUACUUGGGUGGUCUAAGACUUUUGCAGGCCACCUGUAAAAAAUUUUACCAGUUCUGCUCUAAACAAGGCAUUGCUCUGAGCAAGCAGAAUUUUACUCUCAAAUAUGACACAAACAUCCCACGACAGGUGGGACUUGCUGGCAGUAGUGCAAUUGUGUCUGCAACCUUGAAGUGUCUGAUGAAAUUCUACAACAUCACAGAAAAUGACCUACCCAAACCAGUCAGAGCCAACUUUAUCCUUAACGUGGAGACAGAUGAGCUGUUCAUUACUGCAGGCCUGCAGGACAGAGUUGUGCAGGUUUAUGAGGGCUUGGUUUACAUGGAUUUUAACAAGCAACUUAUGGAUGAGCGGGGUUAUGGGGAGUACAUUCCAUUAGACAUGAGCAAUCUUCCCCCAUUUUGGUUGGCCUACCUCGGAGAUCCAAGUGAUUCGGGUCGAAUUCACAGCAAUGUGAGACAGCGCUGGCUAAAUGGAGAAACUGAAGUGGUUGAGGCUAUGAGGACUUUUGCAGAUCUUACAGAUCAAGCCAGAGUUGCCCUGCAGUGCAAAGACUGGGUCAGACUAGCUCAGCUGAUGGAUGAAAACUUUGAACUGCGACGGUCAGUAUACACAGAUGAGUGUUUGGGUCCAGGAAACUUAAAAAUGGUGCAACUGGCUAGACAGUUUGGCUCCGCAGUAAAAUUGCCUGGCAGUGGUGGUGCAGUGGUGGGUUUAUGUUUGGACCCUGAUCGAUUGGUGGCGAUGAAGAGAGCAUUCCAGGAAGCUGGUUGUGUGUUCUGUGUUAUAGCGCCUUACGACCCAUCUGUUAGUAAAAUUCAGGGUUAAGGAUUUGCUAUGAAUGGUAUCCGACGGCUAGUGGCAAUACUUGUGCUGCCUACGCAGCCUCUGAUUUACAGGUGAUCUGGAGUACGGAUGUGAAAUGAACAGCCUAUCUGAUACUGAUGCUUGUUUGCUUAACAAGGAAAAUGUUAGCUUGAAGGGGAAAAACGAUUUCUGAUUUUCAGUAUUAUGUAAUUUACAAAGCACUGUAAUUCACACCAGAUCAUUUCAGAGGGUUAACACAAGCGGUUAAAUCGAUCGUAUGGAUCAUAUUUAGCUAAUCGCUGUACAGCGUCAAUUUGUUUACUGAAGCCAGAAUCAUGCUUUUACGGACCAAGUGUCUAAGUAAGAAAGGAACUGAUUUACUUGUACUGAGUGGACAUCAGUUUUCUCAGAUCAAGGUUACUUAAUGAAAAAGUAGCCUAUACAUCACUACAUGUUUACUUCAUUUCCUCCUGCAACAAAUAGUUCAUACGGCGUAUGACAGGAGAGGCAUUCUCUAUUAAUUGCAGUGUAUUAUGACAGAUAAUCUCCAUUUAAUAAUGUACAGAUGUCUUAUAUAGUGCUAAAUAUGCUAUCCUGGGGGCUAAAUAAAAUUGAUAAAU